AUGCCUGUGAAAGAAAGACGCCAAAGCAUGGCAGAAAGACGGUCGCUGAUGCACGCACCCACGCCACCUAUCCCGCCGUUGACGGGGUUGGAAACUCCUCAAGAGAGCCUGAGCCUCCGCUUGGACCAAUGCGACGUGUUGAUCCAGGGGACGGGGCUCACCGAGCUGAUUUUGGCGGCGGCGUUGGCGUGGAACGGCACCCAGGUGGUCCACAUCGACGCCAAGGAUACCUACGGCGACGCCACCACCACCAUGACGAUUGACCAGAUCAAACAUUGGGUCCAGGAAGUCAAUGCCGGCAGCGUUCCUCAUUUCGGCCAGGCUCAGAUCUACAUCCCGGGCGGUAAGACUACCAACAAGUUUGUCCUGAGAGACUACGGGAUCGACUUGUGUCCCAAGGUGUUGUUCUGCCAGCUGGACUUUGUUUCGCUUUUGUCAAAGUCUCGUGUCUACAAGUACUUGGAACUAGUGCCUUUGCUGACGUUCCACACCUAUGAGAACGACGACUUCAGUCAACUGUUGAAUCAGCUGACGAAGAAGAACAUUUUCAUGGAUAAGCUGUUGCUGUUAGCUACUAAGCGCCAUCUCAUGAAGUUUCUCAAGUUUGUUCUUGACAACUCCGACGAAAAGCGUGCCAUGAUUAAGGCUGAAGGCCACGUGCCCAUCAACGAAUUCUUAGCUACCAACUUCCAUUUGGAUACCCCUCAAGUCGACGAACUUAUCUACACGUUGGGGCUUUGCAAUGAACGCAAUACCAAGUCUUCGCUCGCCCUCAAGCGGAUCAAACGGUUCUUGGUGUCCUUCGACCAGUACGGUAACUUCCCGGUGAUGGUGCUGCGUUACGGGGGACCCGGUGAGGUGUCGCAAGGCUUCUGCCGUAACGCUGCUGUGGCCGGUACCACCUACAAGCUUAACACCACGUUGACUGAUUGGGAUCCUCAAUCGAGAUACGCUCGCUUCUCCGACGGGCUGAAGAUCAAAAUCAAUGACAAGUUGGUAAUCCUGCCAACUCAAGUACCCAAAUUCUUGUCCGGAGUCUACCUGGAAACCAUAAAGGACUUGCCUCGUUACACUGUCACCCGGUUAGUGACGGUGGUGCGUACCGACUGCAAGGAAUGGAUGCUGGGUGAAUCGCUGACAAUCAUUGUCUUCCCUCCGGGGCUGUUGCCGCUGAACAACGUUUGCUCGGUACAAGUGAUCAUCCAAAACGGUCAACUGGGGGUGUGUCCUCAAGGCCAAUCGAUCUGGUACGCGCAAACUGUGGAACAGAACAUCCAACAAGCCAAGAGCGAUCUUGAGGUCGCCAGUGAGCGCAUGGAGUCGGCGCUCUUGCGUGAAUCGGCACCUGACCUGGACUUGGACGACGUGUUCCAAGAACAGGAGGUGGUGUUUGACUCGCGCGGCACGCCGGUGAUCGCCAAUCUGUUCAAGUUGGGGACGCUGCUCCACAACUUUGUGCCUAAAGCCAAGGUUGACGUGGUGUGCAAGGUGGGGUACGUCCAAGAGACGUUGGUUAACCCUGACUUGUCCACGAUCUUUGACGCGCUCAAGCCUAACUCCACGGUGAGAAACAUCGUCCUUGAAAAGGUGCCGGGGGCUGAGGAUAUUAUCUUCACCAACGCGCCGACGCUGGAGAUCUCUUACGACGGCAUCGUCACCGACGCUAAGCUUUUGUACCAACGGAUCACGGGACUGGAUGAGGAUUUCUUCGACGUGGACUUUGAAGAUGAAGAUGACGAAGCCCAAGCGGCGGCGGCAGCAGCGGCAGCAGCGGUGCGGGCAGGACCAGCGUCGGGCACUGCGGCGGAUAAUGAGAUGGCCAUUGAUGACAGCAGUGACGACGACCACCACCCUUUCGCCACCAGCGAAAUGGAAUUGUGA